GAAUAGCUCCCGUCAGGAAAGUGAAGCCUGGUAGUGGAUGUGAUGAAGCACUGUUACAUCAAAGAGAAACGAAAAUAGAUUUUAUGAUAACAGGCAAUGAAGGACUCGGUGAAAAAUAAAAGUGCUAUUGACGGAGUAAAUGCAGAAAACGGCCGUCGUGGUAUUAGACAAAGGCAAAGAGCUUCACAAAGUGCUUCGAAACUCGUCCAGAACCAGAGGCAGUGAACACAGACUCGAUGAACCCUUGUCGGCCAUGCAGAGGCAAACGACCGAGCUCAUUGUGACCCUCGUGUUUGUGCCUCUCUGUGUGCUGGCCUGGCAUUCUGUGUGGACGUGGCGGUGUUGUCUACACCGGUGGUGGUGAUGGUGAUAGCGAUGGUGAAUGUGCGGGACUGUGGUGGUGGUGAUGAUGGUAUUUGCGGAUGCAGCAUCUAGAAAUCGUGGUGGUGAUGGUGGUUGUUAUGGUGAGAUUCAAAAUUUUCAUCAGAGCCUUGGUGAGUUGAGACUUCCUAGUGGCUCUGAAUUUGCACACCAAGGCUGUUAUGGAGCAGUGCUGUCUGGUCCCUAUUGCCUUGUCUCUGAGGAGUCUGCAGGUGUACUCUUUGAGUGAGGGGGCUCAUACAGCAGGAUCUGGAAUCACUUAAGUACUGUUUAUUUCAUUUACAUUUUCACAGAGAAUACAGAUAAAGUAUGGGCAAAUGAUUUGUGAGCCAUCAUAUAUAUCAACAACAGUAGUACAUAUCUGGGAGAGACUUCAUGAAGCAGAUAUCAACCAUGGUCCCUUCAAGUGGAUUUACUGUUCAGAUACUGAGCCUCUCUCCAGACUGGAAAUUGUGACUGAAGAAGAGGAGUAUUGUAGUCACUGCAGCCUUGCACCACAUGGGCAAAGAUGACCUGUAGCAUGCCGUUGAUGAAGAUGUUCUUGCACCUAGAUGUCAAUCCCUCAAUGAGGGCACCACAUGAGCUACACCUUCAUCCUCUCACAUUCACUGUACGUGUCUGUUCCACUCUUCGUUUCACUCUCAGCUGCCUGAUGUCUGGUGUAUGAUCCUGUACAGCUUAUUGGUGAAGACAUGGAGGUUUUUGUCUUGUGGUUCAAGAUGCGAGUCUGUUGCUGCUGCUGUCCAAUUAUCACCUGAAAGACAGUCAUUAUUAAUCAACCCUUCAGUCAUUUAAAAUUAAUAGAAGUAUUCAUGCUUAGUUGUAUUUCAAAAGGAACUAGUCUUACCAGAGAGAUAAAAUGCUAUUUCUCUCAGUGAUGAAAUUUAUAAGUUUGAUUCCAAUCAGCUCACACAGUAAAUAGAUAUGCUACAGAUUAAUGUUAUUUUAUUUCCAUCAAACCUAUAACAGCAGAAGGAAUUGCUAUCAAACUCCACUACAAUAAAAAUUCACCCACCUCCACCUAAGCCACAGUAUAAUUGAGAUGACUGGGAAGCUGAGGAACUUCAGAUUGGAAAGAGAACAGAGACAGGAAUGAGAUGAUGAAAGUGAUACUGACUGAGUUAGGGCAUGACAGGGAUGAGAGAGUGGAGAAGACAGGAAAAGAGUGGAUGGUGUUGUUGCUGGGACUGUGUAGAGAGGCGAAUGAAAGGAUGAUUGAGGCAGUGAAAGAGUUUCUGGAGAGAAUGUGGUGUGCCAGAUGUACGAACAAUUAGGAUAGAGGAUGCUGUUCGUUUCUCUUUUUUUCCUCCCUUCUACAGGAGUUGCCGAUCCAAAGGCCUGGCUCAGGAGUGAUCCUGUGCCACCUGUAGCAUCAAGAUCAAGACCAAGAUCAUUUAGGAGGACUCCAAUACGCUGAAGAGACAGUAAAGGAAGUGAUAGAAGCAGUGAGGGCAGCAGAAGAAAAGAAGAUGUGUGUGGCUGUGGUGGGGGUCCUGCGGCGCCCACGGGAAGGAGUGCAGUAUGAGAAGGUCAGAAGAGAAACGAACCGCAAGAUAUGCAUGGAACUCAUGAAGGUCAAAAUGGAAUGGAUGGCAGGGAAGAAGAGCAACGUGAGCUUCCUGGACAUGGAUGGGAUCCUCGACCAGGACAAAUUCUUCGGGAGAGACGGGGUCCACCUCAACCACAACGGGAAUGAGAGGCUAGGACGUCGACUGGCCGAGUGGAUGAGGGCGAGACAGGUGUGUUGUGUGGACGAGGCAUGACGAGGAGGACCCACUGAUGUCAGCGAAUAUGGAAGAAAAGAGACUAGCCAGAUUCCCAGCACAUUUUUUUCAGCGGCAGGUGAAGAGAGAUGUAAACUCGGACAUUCCACCGAAGAGAGAGUUGCUUGUGUACACCCCAGUGACUCCCCUCCAGCUCUCACUGUACACGGCAACUCUCACAAGCAACAUGGAGGCGUUUGUGUCGAAGAACCCACAGUGUGACCUCCAAGCCCAGGACCACUGCCACCGCACGGGCCAAAUGUCCCCAGUCCUUGUCCUCUGCCUGAUCACCGCAGCCAGCACUGACGAGUGGACAGUGGAGAGAGCAGGGACCAAACGCAAACUAGAGCGCUUGAUUAUCCGGUCUGGCAAGUUCCGAGACGCCAGCCAGGGAGACCGGAGCUUCCAGAGGGUGGUGGGUGAGGCGGAGCUGCUGUCCCUGCUGAAGCAAAACGACCACCAUAAGGAACAUAGGGCUAGCAAGGGCCAUGGUCACAUCACCAAAGAGGAGCUAAACCAACUGCUCCACAGAAGUGACCUGACCAAGAAGAAGAGAAGAAGCUGACUGGAGUUUUCAAGGUCAUUUUAGAAGAUUGAAAGGAAGAAAGGAAGAAAAUUAAUAAAAGGAUAAAUAAUGAAGAAAAAUUAAUAGAAAGAGGAAGAAGGAUGUAAAGGAAUGACAAAUUUGAUUCCUUUAAGGCAAAGCAUGUUUCAAUCAAGUUCUAUGACAUUGGGGGUCGCAGCUUCUCCCACCACAGCACCAGGUUAGCCCCGCAUCCCCCCCACCUCCAUCACCACCACCAUCAUGACCACCACCAGGGUACGAGGAGAGAGCCCCAAGUCCCUCCAUUCAACUACUACUACUACUACUGCUGGUGGUGGUCAUGACUAUCAGGUGUCAAGAAGGACCCCCAGUGUGGAUAAUCAGUCGUCGGUGGACUCCAGGGGUCACAGAAGGAUUUAUGCAGGAGAGUGAAAGACUGCCUGCUGCUGCCUUGAUGCAAGAAAGCUUAGGCCACCCCACCUCACCCAUGUCUUGACAGUUAAUUCAUGCUGCAGCCCUGCCCACCAGUCCCUUGAAGCCUGGGGAGUCAGGAGGGACCAGCAGGUGAUCAGUGUAGGAGUGGAGAGCAAUGGACUGGCAGGAGUUGAAGCCGUGCUGAAGGAGAUGGAGUGGAUGGUGAAACCUGGUGCUGGUCAACCCAACAGAGUCUCGGCAGAAUUGGGUCUUCAUUCGUCAUGGAUGGAGUGGAGGACAAACCCUGGUGCCAGUCAACUGUCCUCAAGUGAAGUGUUAUGACUGAAUUGGGCCAUCAUAGAGUGAAAAUGAUGCAGCUCUGUUCAGCUCUGUCAACACUGUCUUCAAAGUGCAAGUGGAGUCCUGAUAGAAGUGGAGAAGUGGGUGGCCUUUGCUGAAUGUUGCAGAACCUGAGCUACACAUCAGCCCAACACUUGUGGGCGGUGGUCUAGUGGUGUUGCUGUCCUGAGGCUGGGAAACUCUCAAUUCCAGCAUCCAGCAACCUUUUUUCUGCAUGGAAAGAAUGAGCGGUGUCCUUCAGUGGCCUCAUGGCCCAGUCCUGCAGGAUGUACUGCUCUAGAGUCUGUCACUGCCACCCACUGCCAAUGAGUGUCCUUCACCAGCCCGGACAGGUCCAGAUUUUCAAUGACAUGCUGUUGGGAAACACUUGCUGAGAUCACUUAAUGAGAUCAGGGACAGAGAGAGAGAGAGAGAGAGAGAGAGAGAGAGUUUCCCUAAUCCUUUAAUUUGAUCACUAUCAUCCUCUAUUUUUCUUCACCUCUUUUGUUUAUCUUACAUUUUGACUUCUAAUGAAGCAUAAGUCUGUAUUUUACUUGUAUUAAAUUGCCUGCCAUUAA